GCUUUAACACAGUUUGUGCCUUUAACUGUCUGUCAUCAUUCGGUCAGUAUGGAGCUCCCUCAACUUCCUCUUGUGCUCUUGCUGAUUUCAAACAUCCACUCUGGACAAACUGAAGAAAGAUCAAAAGCCAAAGUGAGCAUUAAACCUGAUCAACAUGUAUUCAGAGGAGAGACAGUCACUCUCAGAUGUGACAUUGAUGGUGAAGGAGUCACAAGCUGGAAGUACAGCUGGUAUAAAGACGGUUCAGACAGUGUUUUCAGUGAACUACAGGAACACAUAUUCAGUUUUGUUACUGAGUCUGACGCAGGUAAAUAUUCCUGUUAUGGAGCAGAGAGAGGAGGAUCACGAACAUCACACAUUAGUGAUGAAGUUACACUGACAGUAUCAGAUAAACCCAGAGCAGUUUUAAGUGUUUCUCCACGGAAGUGGUUGACUGAAGGAGAUCCAGUGACUCUGAUCUGUGAGGUUAAAGGUUCCUCUACAGGCUGGACAUUCAGCUGGUUCACUCGAACUGUUUCAUCAGAUUACAGAAAUCGUUAUCAGCUUCUCUCAGACAGCAGCAGAGGAGCUGGAGGAAACUACACGGUCAGUUCUGCUGCUCUAAAUCACACAGGAGUUUAUGUGUGCAGCGCAGAGAGAGAAAAACCACCUUAUUACACAUGGUACAGCAAUGAACAACCACUAUGGGUCACUGGUGUUUCUCCUCCAGUCUCUCUGAUCAUUAGUCCCAACAGAACUCAACACUUCACAUCUGUCUCUCUCUCUCUGAGCUGUGAGGACCAGAGUAACUCUGAAAGAUGGACAGUGAGAAGAUACACAGACAAUGAGCGGCUGGAAGAUUGUUCAUCAUCACACUGGGGAUCACAAACAGGAUCUACAUGUACAAUCAACUCCACCAGCACAUUAGACACUGGAGUGUACUGGUGUCAGACUGAAUCUGGAGAGAUCAGUCAUCCUGUUAAUAUCACUGUACACCCUGGUGUGAUUCUGGAGAGUCCUGUUCAUCCUGUGACUGAAGGAGAUUCUUUGACUCUACGCUGUUUAUAUAAACGCUCAACUCCACCAAUCCUCAGAGCUGAUUUCUAUAAAGAUGGAUCACUCAUCCAGAAUCAAACUACAGAGAUGAUCAUCUCUACUGUCUCAAAGUCACAUGAGGGUUUCUACUACUGCAAACACCCAGAGAGAGGAGAGUCACCCAAGAGCUGGAUCUCAGUCACAGAUAUUCCCAAACCAACUCUGACUGUUGAGCCACAGAGUUCACUGUUCACUGGAGACUCAGUUACUCUGAGAUGUGAGGUAGAUCAAAUAUGGGAUAGAUGGGAGUUUAUCCGGAGUAGAGACUCAAACACUGAAUCUACUGAAGCUGCAACUAAAACAAUCAAUUCAGUGGCAGUCUCUGAUGGAGGAGAGUACAGGUGCAGAGCACAAAGAAGAAGACUUUACACAAAUUACAGUGAACCACUAACAGUGACAAUAUACGAAAGACCAAAAGCCAAAGAGACCAUCACACCUGAUCAACAUGUAUUCAGAGGAGAGACAGUCACUCUCAGAUGUGACAUUGAUGGUGAAGGAGUCACUAGCUGGAAGUACAGCUGGUAUAAAGACGGUUCAGACAGUGUUUUCAGUGAACUACAGGAUCACACAUUCAGUUCUGUUACUGAGUCUGUCGCAGGUAAAUACUCCUGUUAUGGAGCAGAGAGAGGAGGAUCACGAACAUCAAACAUUAGUGAUGAAGUUACACUGACAGUAUCAGAUAAACCCAGAGCAGUUUUAAGUGUUUCUCCACAGAAGUGGUUGACUGAAGGAGAUCCAGUGACUCUGAUCUGUGAGGUUAACGGCUCCUCUACAGGCUGGACAUUCAGCUGGUUCACUCGAACUGUUUCAUCAGACAACAGAAAUCAUUAUAAGCUGCUCUCAGACAGCAGCAGAGGAGCUGGAGGAAACUACACGGUCAGUUCUGCUGCUCUAAAUCACACAGGAGUUUAUAUGUGCAGCGCAGAGAGAGGAAAACCAGUCUAUAACACAACCUAUAGCAACAAACAGCCACUAUGGGUCACUGGUGUUUCUCCUCCAGUCUCUCUGAUCAUCAGUCCCAACAGAACUCAACACUUCAUCUUGAUCUCUCUCUCUCUGAGCUGUGAGGACCAGAGUAACUCUGAUAGAUGGAGAGUGAGAAGAUACACAGAAAGAUGGGGGCUGGAAGAUUGUUCAUCUCUGUGGGGAUCACAGACAGGAUCUACAUGUACAAUCAACUCCACUGUCCCAUCAGACACUGGAGUGUACUGGUGUCAGUCUGAAUCUGGAGAGAACAGUCAUCCUGUUAAUAUCACUGUACACCCUGGUGUGAUUCUGGAGAGUCCUGUUCAUCCUGUGACUGAAGGAGAUUCUCUGACUCUACGCUGUUUAUAUGAAUAUUCAACUCCACCAAUCCUCAGAGCUGAUUUCUAUAAAGAUGGAUCACUCAUCCAGAAUCAAACUACAGAGAUGAUCAUCUCUACUGUCUCAAAGUCACAUGAGGGUUUCUACUACUGCAAACACCCAGAGAGAGAAGAGUCACCCAAGAGCUGGAUCUCAGUCACAGUUCCCAGAGCAGUUUUAAGUGUUUCUCCACAGAAGUGGUUGACUGAAGGAGAUCCAGUGACUCUGAUCUGUGAGGUUAAAGGCUCCUCUACAGGCUGGACAUUCAGCUGGUACACUCUAACUGUAUUAUCUGAAAACAGCAUUCAUUAUGAGCUGCUCUCAGACAGCAGCAGAGGAGCUGGAGGAAACUACACGGUCAGUUCUGCUGCUCUAAAUCACACAGGAGUUUAUGUGUGCAGAGCAGAGAAAGGAAAACCAGUCUAUAACACAACCUACAGCAACACACAACCACUAUGGGUCACUGGUGUUUCUCCUCCAGUCUCUCUGAUCAUCAGUCCCAGCAGAACUCAACACUUCACAUAUGUCUCUCUCUCUCUGAGCUGUGAAGACCAGAGUAACUCUGAUAGAUGGAGAGUGAGAAGAUACACAGACAUUUGGGGACUGGAAGAUUGUUCAUCAUCACGCUGGGGAUCAAAAACAGGAUCUACAUGUACAAUCAACUCCACCAGCACAUCAGACACUGGAGUGUACUGGUGUCAGACUGAAUCUGGAGAGAACAGUCAUCCUGUUAAUAUCACUGUGCACUCUGGUGUGAUUCUGGAGAGUCCUGUUCAUCCUGUGACUGAAGGAGAUUCUCUGACUCUACGCUGUUUAUAUCAACGCUCAACUCCACCAAUCCUCAGAGCUCAUUUCUAUAAAGAUGGAUCACUCAUCCAGAGUCAAACUCCAGAGAUGAUCAUCUCUACUGUCUCAAAGUCACAUGAGGGUUUCUACUACUGCAAACACCCAGAGAGAGGAGAGUCACCCAAGAGCUGGAUCUCAGUCACAGAAAUACCAAAAGCCAAAGUGACCAUCACAACUGAUCAACAUGUAUUCAGAGGAGAGACAGUCACUCUCAGAUGUGACAUUGAUGGUGAAGGAGUCACUAGUUGGAAGUACAGCUGGUAUAAAGACGGUUCAGAUGGUUUCUUCAGUGAACUACAGGAACACACAUUCAGUUCUGUUACUAAGUCUGACGCAGGUAAAUACUCCUGUUCUGGAGCAGAGAGAGGAGGAUCACGAACAUCACACAUCAGUGAUGAAGUUACACUGACAGUAUCAGAUAGACCCAGACCAGUUUUAAGUGUUUCUCCACAGAAGUGGUUGACUGAAGGAGAUCCAGUGACUCUGAUCUGUGAGGUUAACGGCUCCUCUACAGGAUGGACAUUCAGCUGGUACACUGUAACUGCUUCAUCAGGUAAGAUAUGAUGUGUUUCAUGUGGCGUGUAACAACAAUGAGUUUUACAUAGUAAUUAACUCAAAUGAUAUAUAGGGAAUUUGAAUAAUUAAUCAAGAAUUUGAUUAAUAUAUAUCUCAGAUGACAGUUACAUUUAAUUUUAUUGA